AUGGAGCGUGCAAGAAAGCUUGCCAACAGGGCCAUUCUGAGACGGUUGAUUUCAGAAGCUAAACAGCUUCGUGGAGGAAAUGAAUUGUCAUCCCCAACCCCGUUUUACAGGCCUUCGAGGUAUGUUUCCUCGUUGUCUCCUUGUUCAUUCCAUGGUAAAAAUCAUAGGUCCAAUGCUGCCUCCAAAAAAAUUUCUGGGAUUGGUUCCAAUGGCCAAGUUCGAUCUAUUUCUGUUGAGGCUUUGAAACCAAGUGAUACUUUCCCCCGCCGCCAUAACUCGGCAACCCCCGAGGAACAGAGUAAAAUGGCUGAGAUUUGUGGUUUCCCUACUAUUGAUGCUCUUAUUGAUGCCACUGUGCCUAAAUCUAUAAGAUUAAAUGAUAUGAAGUUUAGUAAAUUUGAUGAGGGAUUGACUGAGGCACAAAUGCUUGACCACAUGCAGAAAUUAGCUGCCAAGAAUAAGGUCUAUAAGUCUUUUAUUGGAAUGGGAUACUAUGAUACUUUUGUGCCUCCUGUUAUAUUGAGAAACAUCAUGGAAAAUCCUGGUUGGUAUACUCAGUAUACUCCUUACCAGGCUGAGAUUUCACAGGGAAGGCUUGAAUCCCUGCUGAAUUAUCAGACCAUGAUUACGGAUCUUACCGGCUUGCCUAUGUCUAAUGCAUCCUUAUUAGAUGAAGGUACAGCUGCAGCUGAGGCUAUGGCUAUGUGCAAUAACAUUGAGAAGGGGAAAAAGAAAACUUUUGUUAUUGCCAGUAACUGUCAUCCCCAGACUAUUGAUAUAUGUCAGACUAGAGCUGAUGGUUUCAAUAUUAAAGUGGUUGUUUCAGAUGUUAAGGACAUUGAUUAUAGUUCUAAGGAUGUUUGUGGAGUUUUGGUUCAGUAUCCUGGCACGGAGGGUGAAGUUUUAGACUAUGAAGGAUUCAUUAAGAAUGCACAUGCAAACGGGGCCAAGGUGGUUAUGGCAUCCGAUCUUUUGGCUUUGACUAUGUUAAAGCCUCCGGGUGAAUUGGGUGCCGACAUUGUUGUUGGCUCAGCCCAGAGGUUUGGUGUUCCAAUGGGUUAUGGUGGUCCUCAUGCAGCUUUCCUGGCUACAUCCCAAGAGUACAAAAGGAUGAUGCCUGGAAGAAUUAUUGGUGUCAGUGUUGAUUCCUCUGGGAAGCCAGCUCUUCGUAUGGCUAUGCAGACUAGAGAGCAGCACAUCCGUAGGGACAAGGCUACCAGCAACAUUUGCACUGCUCAGGCAUUACUCGCCAAUAUGGCUGCAAUGUAUGCUGUCUAUCAUGGACCUGAAGGGCUUAAAACCAUUGCCCAGAGGGUUCAUGGUCUGGCUGGUGCCUUCGCUGCUGGACUGAAAAAGCUUGGUACAGUGGAGGUGCAAGAGCUUCCUUUCUUUGACACGGUAAAAGUGAAGUGUGCUGACUCAAAAGCAAUUGCUGAUGCUGCUAUCAAGAGUGAGAUGAACUUGAGGAUUGUGGAUAAAAAUACAAUCACCGUUGCAUUUGAUGAAACAACCACUUUGGAGGAUGUAGACAAACUAUUUCAAGUGUUUGCAGGUGGCAAGCCUGUGGGAUUCACGGCUGAAAGUCUUGCGCCAGAGGUAGACAAUAAAAUUCCUUCUGGUCUUGUAAGGAAGAGCCCGUUCCUGACCCACCCAAUAUUCAACACGUAUCACACUGAGCACGAAUUGCUGAGAUACCUUCAUAGGCUACAAGCAAAAGACCUUUCCCUAUGUCACAGUAUGAUUCCUCUGGGUUCUUGUACCAUGAAACUGAAUGCUACCACAGAGAUGAUGCCAGUAACAUUUCCUAACUUUGCAAAUAUGCACCCUUUUGCCCCCACUGAUCAGUCCGAAGGUUUCCAGGAAAUGUUCACGGACUUGGGAGAUCUUUUGUGCACAAUUACUGGCUUUGACUCUUUCUCCUUGCAACCUAAUGCGGGUGCUUCUGGGGAGUACGCCGGGUUGAUGGUUAUUCGUGCAUAUCAUAAGGCAAGAGGAGACCAUCACAGAAAUGUGUGCAUCAUACCUGUCUCUGCACAUGGAACAAAUCCAGCAAGUGCCGCAAUGUGUGGUAUGAAAAUUGUUUCCGUUGGAACUGAUGCUAAGGGAAAUAUUAACAUCGAAGAGUUGCGAAAGGCUGCUGAAGCAAACAAAGAAAACCUUGCUGCUCUCAUGGUUACAUAUCCUUCAACCCACGGUGUUUAUGAGGAAGGUAUUGAUGAGAUUUGUAAAAUUAUUCAUGACAAUGGUGGUCAAGUGUAUAUGGAUGGAGCAAACAUGAAUGCACAGGUUGGACUGACAAGUCCAGGCUUUAUAGGUGCAGAUGUGUGUCAUCUUAAUCUUCACAAAACCUUUUGCAUUCCUCAUGGUGGAGGUGGCCCUGGCAUGGGUCCAAUUGGUGUAAAGAAACACCUGGCACCUUUCCUUCCAUCACAUCCUGUGGUGCCUACCGGAGGUCUACCUGCACCUGACCAGGCUGAUCCCCUUGGUACUAUUUCGGCUGCACCCUGGGGCUCUGCACUGAUUUUACCAAUCUCAUACACUUACAUUGCCAUGAUGGGCUCUAAAGGGCUUACAGAUGCUUCAAAGAUAGCUAUACUGAAUGCAAAUUACAUGGCGAAGCGCCUGGAGGAUUACUACCCUGUUCUAUUCCGUGGUGUCAAUGGCACAUGUGCCCAUGAAUUUAUUAUUGAUUUGAGGGGCUUUAAGAACACUGCUGGAAUAGAGCCAGAAGAUGUUGCUAAACGUCUUAUGGAUUAUGGAUUCCAUGCACCAACAAUGUCAUGGCCUGUUCCCGGCACUCUAAUGAUUGAACCAACUGAAAGUGAAAGCAAGGCCGAGUUGGACAGGUUUUGUGAUGCUCUUAUCUCUAUAAGAGAAGAAAUUGCACUCAUUGAGAAAGGGAAAGCAGAUUUACACAACAACGUUCUCAAGAGUGCUCCCCAUCCACCCUCACUCCUCAUGGCCGAUACUUGGACAAAACCAUACUCCAGGGAGUAUGCUGCCUUCCCUGCUCCUUGGCUCAAGACUGCAAAAUUCUGGCCAACAACAGGACGUGUGGACAAUGUCUACGGUGAUCGCAACCUCAUCUGCACCCUUCUUCCAGCAACACAAGAAGAAGAACCGGCAGCAGCUACUGCUUAA